GAGACGAGAUGGCAUCGCGAUCGUGGUCAGUGCAUGGAAGGCGCCAACCCGAACAGGACGAACCCUUGCAGCCACGCGAUGGCAGAAGCGACUGCUGCGCGACCGAAAGAACAGCGAGUACGUUCGCGACCUCGGCGCUGUGUGUGGCGAUGGGGCCAACCUGGCGGAGCUGCGUUCUCGACGGACGCCAAGAGACCCGUCGUGAAAAGACGUUGCGUUCGCUCUGAAAGAAGGCUCGAUCGACAUGAAGAACUCCACCUCAGACACAACAUCGCGUGGUUUCGAUGCAUGCGUGUGGCGCUGGAAUUGCCGACCAGAUCGCGGCUAGUGCCCUCUGCCUCCAUGCAACGAGCUGGUGUUCACAAAUGGAGCAGAACAUUUCACACGCGCUCCUAGCUCAGGGGACGUGGCGCGAUGCAUAUCCCUUCCAAAACUGCUAGGGUUUGUGCCAGUUUGCCGUGGAUUUCCAUCGCCGAGUAGGCCAACGUCCCAAACUUCCUCCUGCGCCGGUAAAGCGCCGCUGCGCAGAGUCAACACGAACGAUAGCAAGUGGGCUCGCAUGAUCAACAUGCACGAGUCACUGCCGGCCGCCAUGGAUCUUGCUUGGCAUGACAUAGUGGUCGAUACAUCCUUGACCACGUCCACCGCCACGGGAAGCCCACCACCAUACCUCUCCACAUGGGCCGACGAAACCUGGGAGGUCCUGUACACAACGAACUUGCUGAGAGAUUCGACAACCACACGUCCGACACAAUGGCCGAUCCAAGCACUCGCUGCUCAACUUGUGCAAAAGCAGCAUUGGUACUCGGCCAGAGCGAUGGGCGGCGACGUACAUCCAUUUCCCACGGAAAAACGCCGGCUACGAAUGGUGCGCAGCUGGAGGCAGCAUGCUUGUGGCCUGGGAGGCGCUCAUGCAACCCCAGUUUGUCUAGGGUGCUUGUCGAAAGCCGACAGCACCGCAUGCCGCUGAAUGGUUUUGUGCUCUUGUUCGCGUCUCAGCCGGUGCCGAAUCAGCGCUAGAUCGUUGCGUUGAACGACGGUGUGAUCGGAUCAAAUUGACCGCAACGACUGGCAGAGCCAAAAGUACUUGGAACGAAACGACGACACCACCAGACGCAGCAACUUCUCCGACAGCGCGUUGACCCCAAGUCGACAUGCAAUCUAUCUUGUCGACGGAGUAUCAUGACCAUUGGCUGCACGACGAACGCCACAGGCGACGCAACUUUGCGAAGAAGCGUAAACCUGUUCGUGGACGGAACCAUUGUUGACGAGAUCAAUCAAAUCGUAGCUGUUCUGGAGGGGUGGUUGGCCACGCGCGGCAUAUCCUUCGCGCAACACGGCCAACGCGCUUGGAUCCCCAAAUGGUUCGAUGGAACAGGGACGUCCUUGGGUUUGGCUGUCCAUUGCACGGCGAGUCGUGGUCAAGGGUUCGGAUUCCAUCAUAGGGACUCUUCGUUACGUUUUGAAACGAACACAAACCUCCACCUUGGCAAGUGCGGCUGCAUCAGUGGUAUCCUACGACGUCUUCAUGACAAAGCAGUGUGCCGCAUGAAUGCGCAACGAUCCAUGCGUCUGCGGCGGCGCCGUCCGCGUUGGUGUGCGGCCUCUUGCGGCCUGGCGUCAGUGAUCCCGUCAACACGGCGCUGCUGUUCCUGCAAUCGCAAACGUUUGGGGAAUCUGGCCGUAGUCGACGUGGAUUGGCUAUUCGAUUAAACUUUUAGCCAAUCAAUAUUGGCUUUGUCAUUCAAUUUCGAACACAGAAUUU